CCGAAAAGCGGAAAAGCGGCGGAAUGCCGUGCCAGGACAUCAAUGUCGGGGGCUCUGGCGUGCUAUUUGAAUUGAACAAGUGUCAGCGUCGAGGGGAAACAGCGUCGAAGCUGACGCUCCAUGGUGCUCCAAUAGAACUACUCGUACAUAAGCCCCUCGUUGCUCAGACGUUGUUGUACAGGAUUUGCAUGUCCUGCCAGUCCGACGCUCUCAAAACUCAAAAUAUUAACACUUUAACGCCAAGUUUUUUAUCCGGCUGCCGGAAACAGACAGCACAAACGCACACAAACAUAGCUGCUGAAACACAAAUACCAGUGAGCUCUUUUGGCCGCGACGGCGGCGGCAAAACGCCAUGUUGGAUUAUUCAACUCGACGCCAUUUCGCGUCACAAUGCGCGCUAUGCGCCGCCAUCAUUGCAACCGACAGCGAACGGCACACGGCACGGCACACGGCUGUGGCAACAACUAAAACAGGACCUGCUGCAGCAACAACAACUGGAACAGCAGGACUACGGACUAGGACUCAGGACAACGGCGGCCCGCACGGCGGAUGAAGUUGCAAUUCAAAGUCAUAAACACGUGGAGCGUGGGCGCAAAGUCUCAGCUAAGCCGCCAUGGAGAAAGUGCUGGGAAAUGGGAGCGCAAAAGCGUUGGAAAAGCCGGGGAAAAGCGGGAAAAUCCGCGAUGCCCGCAUCGACAUUGCCAUCGGCGUCUGAAUCCGAAUUCAUGCAUCUGCAACUGCAACUGCAACUCCAUCUCUCUUUAGCUGGCUGGAAAUUGAAUUUAAAAAGCUCAAACGCUGCAAAAUAUUUCACACGCACACGCAGCAAGCCAGAGCCAUGUUGUUGCUGA